CAGGACUGAUGUAAGAUAUUGGGAACAGCAGCCUUUGUGGAAAAAAAAUGUCCUACUGUACCAAAGAGAGAGCUUGUUCAGAUUUGGCAAAGCCUCCGGUAAAUGAACCGAGGGAACCGGAACAGUUUCUAAUGCAGGCGCCCCAGGGAAAUCCGCUGCUGCUUUCCCACACCCUACAAGAGCUAUUGAGCAAGGAUAGUGUGCAGGUGGAGCUUAUACCUGAGAAGAAGGGCCUUUUUCUGAAACAUGUGGAAUAUGAGGUUUCCAGCAAGAGAUUCAAAUGCUCAGUCUAUAGGCGAUACAAUGAUUUUGUGGUGUUCCAUGAGAUGCUGCUUCAGAAGUUCCCAUAUCGUAUGGUGCCAGCACUUCCACCAAAGAGGAUGCUGGGAGCUGAUAGAGAAUUCAUAGAAUCCAGGAGGAGAGCGCUGAAGCGUUUUAUAAACCUGGUGGCUCGACAUCCCCCUUUCUCAGAAGAUGUGCUCUUGAAACUCUUUCUGUCGUUCAGUGGCUCAGAUGUACAGAAUAAGCUAAGAGAGUUGAUCCAGGGAGUAGGAGAUGAAUUUAUGACCUGCAGAUUAGCUACCCAGGCCAAGGACUUCCUUCCAGCUGACAUACAGGCCCAGUUUGCUGCCAGCAGGGAGCUCAUCAGAAAUAUUUAUAAUAGCUUUUAUAAGCUUCGGGACCGUGCGGAGAGGAUAGCUUCUCGAGCCAUUGAUAAUGCCUCAGAUCUUCUCAUAUUUGGAAAGGAGCUAAGUGCUUUGGGCUCAGACACUACACCGCUUCCUUCCUGGGCUGCUUUGAAUAAUAGCACAUGGGGGACUCUGAAACAAGCCUUGAAGGGUCUGUCUGUUGAAUUUGCACUGCUGGCAGAUAAGGCUGUGCAGCAGGGUAAACAGGAAGAGAAUGAUGUGGUGGAGAAGCUGAACCUUUUCCUGGAUUUACUCCAGUCCUAUAAAGACCUGUGUGAAAGACAUGAGAAGGGGGUAUUGCACAAGCACCAGCGAGCAUUGCAUAAGUACAGCAUGAUGAAGAAGCAGAUGAUGAGUGCCACUGUGCAGAACAAAGAACCAGAAUCAGUGGAGCAAUUGGAGUCUCGGAUUGUGGAGCAAGAAAAUGCUAUCCUAACCAUGGAGCUGCGGAAUUACUUCUCUCUGUAUUGCCUGCAUCAGGAGACACAGCUUAUCCACAUCUAUCUGCCUCUCACGUCUCACAUUUUGGGGGCCUUUGUCAACUCCCAGAUCCAGGGUCACAAAGAGAUGAGUAAAGUUUGGAAUGAAUUGAAGCCAAAGUUGAGCUGUCUCUUCGUGGGAUCUAGCAAUAUGCCAACUCCACCAUUGUCACCUCCAGAGGGAAACUUCUUCUCCAAUUAAUGCUCUGAGCAUCUAGCAUGGAGCAAGAAGUGCAAUCAAGGAAGGGGUGGGACUUCUACCUCCAAAUGUUAGAAUGAAUCCUCCAAACAGCUAUUAUUUUUUAUUUUUUUUUAAUACCGCUGCUUUGAGCUGCUCUCUGAUUUAGACAGACUGGAUGUGGGGCAGAACAUACGGAUAUAAAGACAAUCUCUUAAUUUUGAAAUGCUCUGGGACAGAGCUGAUGUUCAUUAUCCUGCAGACACUCUUCAUGGGGUCAGGAUGUGACCUGGUGCAGUGAGUCCUGCAGUGUUGUUGCUGAUGCCUCUGCAUCUUGUACUAACAGUCCUCCAAUAAUGUCUAUCUGCACACACGCUGACACAUCUCUGCACAUCUCUGAAGUGCUGGGAUGAACAGGAUAUCUGAAGCACUUGCUUGUAGUAGAGAUGGAUUGCCUUUUAAGCUUGGGAUGGCCUGUGUUAGGGACAUACGUGCAUAAGGAAAGCUGAAAGCCAUCCCCCAUCCCAUUGAUAGGUGUCUGCAUUUGAUUUCUUACUGCUAGACCUUAGCGCAAAAUACGUGAAUGAAGUGGUUGGAUUCGCUAACCCAGCUGGGUAGGGGUCAGUGCUGCUGCGUGACAGUAAUUUUCCCAGUGAGGCUAGGCAGACUGUGUUGUCAGUGUGUUUCAGUUCACGGUUGUAAGGCAGCCUCGGGACUUGCUCAUAUUUUUCAGUUUGGGGCCAAACAUGACUGGGUUCAGGAACUCAGAGGAGUUUGCCUGGCAUAAAUGAGAAAAUAGUUGAAUAAAACACUCCUUAAUUGUAAACCACUCAUACUAUACGAGCAGAACAGCUACAAGGUAGCUUGUUUGUCUUCUGGAGGUUCUGACAUCCAUCUGUUGAGUAGCUGUUCAGGACUAUUGGAGAGCUGCUGACCCGAAGGCUGGUGUUUUCUUUGGUCUAAUAUCAGAUGAAGUAUCCUGUUACACCAGCAGGCUGGGACACAAUGCUGAUAAAAUUCAUUGGCAAAAAAUCAGUAUUUAUCAGGAUGUUACUGUCAUUCUUUUUUCUGGCUCUGGGUAGCAUUGGAUUGUGUUUGUGAAGGAGAGAAGACAAUUAAGUGACAAUUAAGUCUUUCUCUAAAAAUAGCACGGUUCUUAGUAAUGGGGUUUUCAGAAUGAUUUGUGAUUGUGAUAAAGGGGCUAAACAUUCUCCAUGUUUCACUUUGUAUCUCCGGUGACUUUCCCUCAUGAGGCAGAGGGUAGGGGGAGGAGAACUUUAAUGUCGUGUUACCUGAGGGGAAAUUGUGCAUAUCCUCCAGAGAAACUGAUAAGUGAAGAAACUGCAAACGUAUGCAGCAAAACUCUACGUGAACGGGACUCCCCUGAACUGAACUUCUCUGGGGCCAAAAUAGCUGCCAAAGGGGAAUUUGAGACUUGGCUUCUUAACAUUUUCUUUGAGUGGGUAAAAAGGAAGCACAUUAACAAGGAUGAGUGAUUGCUGUCAAACUGGAAGCAUUACAGUAUUUUCCCAUUGGGGAACUUCCCCAUUAGCAGGAAAUAUAUUUAAAUCCUCCAAUCACAAAAGUUUUUUUUCUUUUUUUUUUUAAUUUAGAAAAUUCAAUGCAACAUGAAGCUUUUCCUGGUCCAGGUGGAACUUAUGGUUUAGUUUCUUCAGCUAGGAGCAAGAUAGUAAGUUACUUGCCCAGUUUCAUGAGACUGGCAUAACCAUUACACACACCCCUGAAAGUGUGGUGAAGUACACUUACGUGGGUGAAUUUCUUGGGUGCUGGGCCUUAAGGAGUGUGUAGGGAGUCUAUUUAAUAACCUUGCUCAGAAUGCAUAAUAUUAAGAGCUUUUUAUAGCAAUUCAAAUGUUAACUCUCUUCUGAGUCUUUCCUCCUGCGUAUUGGCCUUGUCCAGUGAGACAGAUUAACUGCAAAUCGCUGUGACAGAUUUGAUUCUCUCUCCUGAAGAUUUCCAAAGUGAUGCAGAAGAGAUUCUGCUCACAGGGCAGAGCAAACUGGCUGGGGAGGGAAAUGUUUCUACAGUACAGUAACAAAGAAGAUGCUAUCUCAAGAAUGGCACAAAAGGUUUUUCUGCUUGACCUUUUCGUGAUUAGGAAGGUAGUUUGUGGUUAAAGUGCGGAAAGUGUGUUACCAUAUUUUUAAAUGCUCUUCACUCCUAGCAUCUUUAGAAGGUGCUAGCUGGUUAUAGCCUGUCAUUUGCUUAGUUGUAGUACCCAUCCUCCCUCAUUUAGCCUUGUUUGCCUGCUGUAGUGAACAGUCAAAUCGAGAAAAUACUGUACGUUUUGGGGCAAGAUCCGGUAUCUAUAUGAUGGAUCUUCUAUGUAACUUGUCUGGCUGGGGUAGAUGACUGGAUUAUGUUCUGUAGGAGCACUUGCAAAGUAUUAGCCUGAAUGGAACUUUGCACUUCUCACAUUUAGAAAAAAGUUACGCUUUUGGACUUUAUUUAAAAACAAAACCCCAAAAAAAUCAAAGCCACAUUUGGGCUUUAGACUAACUCCUCUUUCCUGUUCUCCUUCAGAGCAAGAAUUCUACAGUCCAAAUGCGGAGACUGUAAUGAUAAACACAGACCACAUGACCUAUAAAGAAACUGGAAUUACGUUGUUUUGAGAAAACACCUAUUCCUCCAUUGUCAGCCCUUGCCUCUUUGAGGAGAGCAGUUUUGGGGGUGGGGUUUUCUUGUUUUGAUUCUACUCUGUUCACCUAGUAUUUUGAGAACAGAGGCUUAGUGUUCUCAAAGCUGAUACAGCUAAUGGCACUUUCAGAGUUUAUUUCAUACUGGAUGUCAAGCUUCUGUCUCAUUCCUAGAUACAUGCAUACACUAUUUCAUACAACCCUUAGUCUGCAAACCUUAUUUUUGGGAGACUGGUCAGUGUGCAAGCACUAUGACGUUUACCUCAAUAUGUGAGGGAUUUCCUUACUGUAUUUGUUCCGUUUAGUUUAGGUAUCUGUCAGACUUGGAGAGCAGCAUCAAGUACAGCUUCCUUCCUCUAGAGGAAUGCAGCAGGGAAUCAAUUGUCUGUCUACCCUAGACAAUGCAGGGGAAACAAUUCUGGUUACCUCCAUGCUAUCGCCUUCUGCAGCAAACAGCCUAGCUAUGUGCAAGGGUGAGAACAAGACUUAAUGAACUUGGUUCCAUUGCUGGUAGAUGGCAAUAAACACUAAGCAAACCAGAAGACUGACUGAAGAGCGCAUGCUGCCUAUCCAAGAACUGAUGCUCCUGUAAGAUGUAGCGCCAAAGAGUUAACGUGCCUUCUUGAAUGGAAGCUUUCUGUGCAUUGCUUGAGCUCAUGGGGACGUUCAUGUGUUCAAAACAGUAAUGAUAGAAGAGGCCUCUAAUCUGUCGGUGUGUCUCUUAAAAUCUGUCGCAGAGGUACCAGAGUAGUAAACAGCUGAGAACCUGAAACUUUGCCUGAAAAAUGUUUUCUCAAAAGGGCUAUAUGUUUUUGUCACUCCUGAUGUCUCCUCUGCUUCAAGCUGUGAAGUGGCAAUAUACAGGCUUUUUGACCAGUAUCGUGUGUUGAAAGGCUUUCCAAACUAUAUUUACAAUACAACCUUAAUCUUUGAUCCUUCUUUCCCUCUCCUUCCAUUUUCCUUGCAAGCUGCUCCUCCCAAGUGGUAACGUGUUUUCAACAGUGCCUUGCUGCAUUCCAGUGCUUUUACUCUUUGACUUUGAUCAUGCAAGAGUGUAAUUCCUGGAAUUUGUAACAGGCUAAUUUACAGUCUUCAGUUUGUGCUGUUUUCUAAAAGACAAAGAUCACCAGCUGGGGACAGAACUUACUUAAAACGUCAGUCUCCACAACUGCAGCAGGAGCAGUUAACGUCACCACCCUCUGACAUGAGCUAAAAGUCAGUGCUGGUGAAAGCACCUUUACAAAAGGAUUGAACUGACUGCAGAAGAGGGGAUAGCAAAUAGAAGUGCAGGCCUGAGCCGCACUUGUUCUUUUCCUACCUAAACUCCUGGAGGAACAUAAAGUAAUUUGCGCUCUCUCACCAUGCAAUUUACAGUUUCCUCCAGGAAAUAAAUCAAGAUAACUUAACAGGUAUCGGCUGCCAGUCACUCCCUUUCCUACCGUGCCGUAAGGUCUUACGUCCUGUUACGAGCUACCUAUCCCCUUGUGCUUAUUUUCUCUCCUCUACUUGCCUCAAGGCAUUCUCUCUGUUAGAACAGCCAUAGCUUACUGCUAUGUUAGAAGCAGAGUAUCAAAAACUCUCUAAAUAACUCGGUGUGCAGCACAAAAGGAAAAGUAAGAGUCUAAGGUGUUAACUCUUACCCUCUAAGUCUGAGCUGUGGCUUACUGAGCAUAUGAGGAAGGGCAUUUUUGAGUGGUAUAAAUUAUUCAGAACUGCUGAAGGGAGAGAAGAAGAAACAAUCUUGUUCAGAGGGUGUGAAUUUUGCCUGCCUGGAAUAUCCUGUACCUUUGCUUUGCUCAAAUAGCCUUAUGUAUGAAGCACUUUAUCCAAAUGCAGGAAUUAAAGAACUAUUACUACAGCUGGUAGAC